AUGACGGAAAAAGAAUUAUACAACAAAACAUGUGUUGUUGAAAACAUCAAACAUGUCGCUGAAGCAAGUAAAGAAUCCGUUGACAUGAAGGAUCCUUACAUAUUUUCUAAUAACUUAGCAACAAUACUUGCAAGAAAUAAAGAAGUAGUUGCCGUGAGAUUGAAAAUUUCCGAUUGCUGUGUUAGAUAUCUAUCAAGAUUUGGUGUUUGUCGUGAUAAAUAUCCAAAAGUUUUAUUACAUAUGGGCGGAUGUGUUUCAUUAAAUCCUACGUUUCUAAGGAUGGUGCUUGAUGAAGAUGUUGAAUAUAUUAACAAAAUCGAGGGAUCUGAGGAAUAUAUCUAA